AGAGUGCAGACUACAUGAAUCUGCACUUCAAAGUGAAAUGGCUUUACAAUGAGUAUGUAAAGGACCUGCCAGCUUCAAAAGAGAAAGUUCCAGAAUACUCUGCGUGGUUUGAGCCAUUUGUACUGCAGUGGUUGGAUGAAAAUGAAGAGGUCUCAUUGGAAUUUCUGCGAGGGCGCUCUGGACCGAGACAAGAAGGAUGGGUUUCAGCAAACAUCUGAGCACGCCCUCUUCUCCUGCUCAGUGGUGGACGUGUUCACACAACUCAACCAAAGCUUUGAGAUCAUCAAGAAGUUGGAGUGUCCUGAUCCAGAGAUUGUUGCUCACUUUAUGAGGCGUUUUGCCAAGACCAUUAGCAAGGUGUUGAUGAAUUAUGCGGAAAUCAUCUCCCAGUACUUCAAGGAAUACUGCUCCCAGGAAAAAGUGGCCUGUUUCCUGAUGAAUAACAUCCAGCAAUUACGUGUGCAACUGGAAAGGAUGUUCCAGGCCAUGGGGGGCAAAGAGCUUGAUGCUGAGACCAGUGAGAUGCUCAACGAACUACAAGUCAAACUGAAUGGCGUUUUAGAUGAGCUGAGCCGAGUGUUUGGCAUCAGUUUUCGCCCACAAGUGGAGGAAAGCGUGAAAACAAUGGCCGACCUUCUGAUCCAGGUGAAGGGUGGAAUCUCUGGGCAAGGGAACUUAGCUGGAGAUGCUGACACUAUUUUGCGUCCUCUCAUGGACUUGUUGGAUGGCAAUCUGACACUGUUUGCCAAGGUAUGUGAGAAGACUGUGCUGAAGAGAGUACUCAAAGAAUUAUGGAAGAUCGUUAUGAAUACCAUGGAAAAAAAGAUAGUCCUGCCUUCCCUUACUGAUCAAACGGGAGCGCAAAUGAUAUUCAAUGCCGCUAAAGAACUGGGACAACUUUCAAAACUGAAGGAUCACAUUGUGCGGGAUGAAGUGCGCAGUCUCACACCCAAACAUUGCGAAGUCAUGGAGAUUGUGUUGGACACGAUAAAGCAAUACUUCCAUGCUGGAGGGAACGGAUUGAAAAAGACAUUUUUGGAGAAGAGUCCUGAGCACCAGUCCCUGAAAUAUGCUCUGUCCCUGUACACUCAACCUACGGACACACUCAUCAGGACCUUCACCCAGACCCAGACGACUCAGGGUAAAGUUAAGGAGUCAGUUGGCGAGGUCUCUAUACAUAUUGAUCUCAUCACGCAAGCUGGCACCAAUGACCGCAAGAUUACCGUCAAAGUAAAUGGUGUCAACAAUCUCAAGUGGAAGACAACGAGCGUGUUCCGCCCGUUUGUGGAAGUGAACGUCAUAGGCCCGCAGCUGAGUGAUAAGAAGCGCAAAUAUGCUACAAAGUCUAAAAACAACACGUGGUCUCCAAAGUUUGAGGAAACCUUCAAUUUCUCCCUGGGAAGUUCAUCCGGAUUCGAGUUCUAUGAGCUGCAGCUGCUCGUCAAAGACUACUGCUUUGCACGUGACGACCGGGUCAUUGGACUGAGUGUCCUGCAGCUGCGCGAGAUCCAAGAGAAGGGCAGCUGCACGUGCUGCUGCCCCCUGCGUAAGUCGGUCAAUAUGGAUGAAACGGGACUCACCAUUCUACGGAUCCUCUCUCAGCGCACGAGCGACGAGGUUGCCAAGGAGUUUGUUCGGCUCAAAUCUGAUGUCCGGUCCACGGAAGAAGAGAGCUGAUAAUUUCCAUAACUACGCUACUUUUGUCUUCCUGCCAUGCCCUGCUGGUGUAAAAUAUUGCACAGAUUGGUUUGUUUAUGGACAUAAAUUCCAUUUUCUGGAUUCCACAUAUAAUGAGGUUACUGUGUUUGUAUAUUCAUCGUUCAGUGCCAAUAUAUUCUUUUUUAGCAUCAUGUAUUGUUACACUUUAUUGUUAUCUUAAGCAUUUCAAUACAUAUUUGUUCACACGCAUGGACUGUUUAAAUGGUUUGUUUGCUGUGUACUUGAAACAUUUCUUGUCGUCAUGUGUACAAACUUAUCCUGAAAAUUCCAGGAACUAUCAUACGAUCUAUUCUAUCCGAGUUGUGUUUUGUCAAUGCUGUCUGUAAAUAUGCUAGUCCAGUUACCUUCCAAAAUGAAAAUCACUGUGAUUCAAUAAUGAGGAAAGAUGAUAAAUGGAAGUUACAAAUCUAUUUAUCACCACCAAAGUGAUAAGAUGUGUAAAGUGAUGUAGAUAGUUGCAAAAGGUUUAUGUUGCACUGUCCUUGGUCAAAAUUGUGCUUUCACUGGCUUGCAUCAAAUGUAUCUGCCUUAUUCUACGACCAAUUACGACGUUCACACAUGAUAUGUGCUUAUCAUUCUCUUUUUUCAAUACGUAACAUUUUUUUUAGGGAAUGUAUGAGCACUUUGAAAGCAGGAGACAGCAUCUUAGUUAAAUUGCAACCUGAUUCAUGCCAGGUCGUGUUACUUUUGUUGAUAAAAAAAGGUCAUCUGCAACAAUCAAUAGCAAUAAAUUGGUUUGACUUUCACCAAAUCAAUACAUUACCACUUUACGUUUAAUAAAACAUGAAAGUAUUAAUGCAACACAACAAUUAUGGGUGCACAUUUGGCUUGGACUUGAACCCAAUUGGAUUUUGUGGCAAAAGAAAUCCAUGGAACAUAAAACAUGUUUGAUAGAUUAAGAACGGUGAAAACACCAUCUCCCUGGAGAGAGGCGAAGGGGCAGGACAGAGCCUUGCUUCACACGUGAAGGACCGUGGUUGUGUUCUUAGCUUUGGGGAAUUAUGUGUCUUUUUGUGGGUAAAAUACUUUGAAUUUCUAAUAGAUAAUGGGUUAAUGAGUAUAAUUUUUUAGAGUUUUUUUUAUGUAAGAAACCUAUAUUGACCCCCGUUAGGUGGAAAUCAACGUGUUAUUCAUGUGCAGACCAAGACGUCUUCGUAACCAGCCAAUAAUACAUUUGUUCUUCGUUAAAACUCGAUUCUUGUGCUCGUGAUGCCUGCUUUCACAUUGUGCACACGAGAAUUGCUUCGUUUCAAUCCGAUUGAAAAUACCCAACGCAUGUUGUGUUCAUGGAGUUCAUGCGACACCCUUGCAGUGGCUGGAGGUGCUGCACUGGACCACGACGUUAAACAAAUUCGUUCUUGAAAAUAAUCGCAAACCUGACUUGUGUGCUCUCAACCCUUGUUCAGUCACGAACAACCUAAUUCAUGCCAGGGUCAUAUUACAUUUUUGAGACAUGAUCUUGAACAAUCAAUAGUAGUAAAUAGGAUUACAAUUUUGUGAUAUAUUAAAUAAUUGCAGUUUGGUGUCAAUCGUGUGAUAGGAAUAGAUAUUGUUCCUGGCUUGGUUACGCUGUUUUAAUUUGAUUAAAGUUACUGAAAAAUCUUAUUUGACUAAAAAAUAAUAAUAAGAUAAACAGUUUACUAAACAACGGCAGGAAAGUAGUGGCUCAUACUUUUCCUUUGUUAGGCAACAUUUUUGUAAUGUGAAUUGUGAUAUAAUUGACGUUUUAUCUCAAUCAACAUAAACAUCUGUGAAGUAUUCAUAGAACCUGGAUCACAUUGGAUCGACGCAGGGAUACAUGGUGGGUAUAAUGAAACUCGAAUUAUGGACACCUAGUAAUAAUUAGCAUUGUACAAUGUCCAAUUAUUUAAUGACCGUUAAUCGCAUGAAAAACGUGGUAAAGAAACGGUUACCAGUUUGCCGCACAUAUUUAAAAAAGGUCUAGCAAUAACCCCGAUAACAGUUAACCGAGAAACGAAGGUUACUGACAUGUUAUAGCCAACUGAUUCAAUCUCCGGGCACGGCAGCUGAAACAAGGGCCAAGUUUCUUAAAUCCCCUACCACUGCACCCAAUGUGGUAUAAACACCAUCAAUCAACGGAUUCUGUGUGGUGGGGUAAAGUGUUGGUAACUCCCACCUUUUCCAACGCGUGCGGUCAGCCGGGAAGAGUGGUACAAAUACCCUCUAGAGCUGACUGGAUUGGAGGCCUUCCUGCCAGCAUUGACGUGGGCAAACAUUACUGGGCUGCAACAUACCACGCAGAAACUUGGACCUGCCGCUGGUGCCUCGAUAUGGCUGCCACGAACCAAUCACAGUCACACGCGCCGUGCAAUUUAAAUAAUCGCACGUGCCAAUUUAGACAUUACUAAAAUUCCACUGGAUUAGAGUAAUGAUUCCUGACUUCAUCAAUUAAUAACAGUAAUGUUAUUGGCAGUUAUAAUACAAACAUCACCAUGAUAAUGUUUUCGAAGUUUUGACCCUGACGAUUUAGAUCCUCAACAAUUAAAACUUCUGUAAAUAUUGUUGUGAAGAUUGCUGUUUUUUUAGGCACAGUAAUUUAAUUGUUUUUUUCCACUGGUUAUGUGGUUGAUUAUAAAUUGGAGGACAUAUUUAGUUAAAUGUGAAUUAAUUUAAAUGUUUGAAGUUAGGAGUUGUAUAAACGGUCAGUGUUUUUUUAAGUUAUAUGAUUUUGUAAGGCUUUUAGUGAUUUGAGAAAAACGUUACAUUUUUUAUACGUAUGAUAAUAACGAACAGUAUUAAAGUCUACAUUUCCAUUCAUCACAUCUGUGAAUCGAUAAAAAAAAUGUAUUUGGCUAAAUGCCGUUUUGUGAAAAAAUGUAAACUUUAGAGGAAAAAUCAAAGUCCCACUGUUGCAGAAUGAGCAAUGUUGCACCAUUAAUGUAUAUUGAUGGUCUUGCACCAGCAGUGGAAAUUGUUGUGGCAGGGUCUAGACCCCUAGAACGACCAAAGUGGUACUACUAUUGAACGUGAAUGGAUGAUAUGCUGAACUGACCCCUGCAGAGAUUUCAACUCAAUGUAUGCUAUGAUGAAGAACAAACAUCAUUUGGCUCGAUAUCUUCCAAUUGAGCCAAGUGAUCUAACCAAGGCAGCUGCCACUAAAGUCGAUCACUGUUUUUCAAGUGUUCAAAACAAUCACCUUCUUGUGUUACAUUAUUUUGUACAUACGAUAGCGAGUGAAACGCCUAUUGGUUGGGAUGCUCAGUGCACAAUGGUUUGAUUCUGAAAGCUGUAUGGUAAUUGAGAGAAUUACUAAAGCACAUCCAUCAUCUGCUGUGUAGAAUACAGUUAAGAUCCUGUGACAUUAUUUGCAAUAAAAGGUCACUGUGUUAGUGUAAUAGCGAUUAUUUUACAUUUCAAACCGUCUUCAAAGUAUUUGAUAGUGCUCAUUUUUUGGCGGCCCUGACCUAAUAGAUGAAAUUCCAUAUUCCUAUGUUGGCGCAGUCUACUUAUAACACAACCAUUGCAAAUAAAUACCUAAAAAAAGUACUCCAGUAUGCAAGUACAGACAUCAAGGUUUUCUGAGAAAAAAUAAAGGUCAAUAGUUCCUUGCCAGGUUUCCCAAAGGAAGUUGUGUUUGUAAAAUGUAGAGUAUCUGAGAAAUAUUGGCACACAUUUUCUGUUAUUAGACCGCAUGCAGAUGUGGCUUCCAAUUAUGUACAUUUAAUUUGUAAAGCAAUUUUAUUAUGGUUAAUUGGAAUGCAUAUACAGUACCUUCUAAGCAUUUUGUAUCUUUGCACGCAGCUUCUAUGCAUGCCAUGCUGGACUGUUCGUCUUACACUCAUAGUUUAUUCUUGUAUAUGGAUUUAUUUAAACUGUGAGGCGAUUCAUUUGUUGUAACUAAUGAAAAUUAAGUUAAUUGCACCCAUCCCAUGUUAACUGUUUGUGGAGCUUCAGAAUUGCAUUGUUACUUUAUGUUGUAUGUAAAAAUUGUAUUGUUAUUAAAAUAUUAAAUGAAUGCAUGUUGAAUGC